AUGCGCUGUGCGUUCAUCGUGAACAAUCCUGGAGAAGGGCGUAUGCAUCUUCAAGGAGCGUUGAACAUUGCAAAAGCCAUUGGCGGAUUCCAUAAACUGGACGAACUUGGACUGGAGGCAGCUUUACUCUGGGAUAUUCAUCUGGCUUGCUUGACAGGCCAAAAGCCAACUAUCAGCGAUGACGAAGUAGCGUACGUUGUCGAGAAAAUGCUACCUCAAGUCCCAGAGUGGCUCGAGGACUCCCGCUUGCGAUUUGAAAAUCUUCUUGGGGCCUCCUUAAUUUCAGAUGACAAUAGCGAUGUCUGUGGUGCUCUUCGAAGACUUUUCAUCGCGACAGAGCUGCUCAACUCGUAUUCGAUUCGGAAAGAAGACAAUAUUAAUGAGACUCUAGUCAUCAGGACCUUGUUCGCAGGGCACAAGUUAAGUCAUUGCGAUCCGACUACAAACUCACCUAAUAUCGCUGCCGAACACAACAUUCGUAUGCUUGAGAGUAUGAGACUGACAGGAAUGCUUGUCAUUUUCACCACCCAUCUCAAGGCCACGAGGAAAAAAGAUCUAUUUGAGGAGCUGUCCAAAAGUCUUGAGGUGCAGUUGCGAAGCUCAGCUCCAGCUCUAGAGACUUGUUGGGGGCAGUACCUUGAAAUUAUGAUGUGGAUAUUUUUUGUAGGAGCGCAUGGCUCACCGAAUGUGCGUCGCAUCCUAUGGUUCAUUGAGAACAUCCAUCGAGGGGCUCACAUUCUCGGCAUCAACAACUGGAUGCAGGCCAGAAUCAUUUUGAAAAGAUUUCCAUAUAUAACCAAGGAGUUCGAUAAGGCUUUUGAGGAUACAUGGAACUCUUCCCAUCUCGGGGCUCUAAAGCAGACUUCAAUUUGA